CCGCACUUCUAGCUGCCAACGCCACCUAUUCUUGCCACGGUUACACCCCUCCAUAUAACUGGGUACCUCGCCCGUUUCGAAACAGCACGAUGCCAGAGAGCGCCAGCCCCGCGCUCCCCUUCUGGCUGGUCAACGUGCCACAGGAUCAGUGGCCGGCCGAGUGCCCUGACUUUCUGCGUGACCUGGGCGACAAAGACCGACGCAUCAUCGGCACGCCGGACUCGGACUACGCACGCCUGGCCUGGCCUCAGGUCAAGGAAAUCGUCGGUACAGGCUCAGAUACACGCAUCGCCUGAAAUCUUCUUCUUUCUAACGCUGUCGCCAGAGAGCGGACGAGUUGAUAGAUUCCACCGCGUGCCUUCUGACUUGCGCAAGUACAGGCAGUUCACGUUCGGGCUCGCCAAGGAGUAUGGGUCCAUCAUGAAUUUCAUCGUGAACGAGCGGCUGCAAUGGAAAGAUCUGAAGCCAAAGGGCGCGCCGUUUGAAUAUCCAGGUGCGGUUCUUGGUGAUGGCUGUGUGUAGCGAGGGGCGGGCUGACGGAAGUGAUUGCGCGCAGAGGACAUCAAGAUCCUUUACAACGACUGGCCAUACGGCAUCGACGAGGACAUCGCCCACCUUGUUAUAUGGACCAAGUUUGAGCUCGAGGAAGACGCGGUCACGGGUCGA